AUGCCGGUGCCGGAGGAUUAUGGGCAGAGCUUAUCAGCAACAGAGGUUUAUAGAAGUUUUGAAGCUGGAGGUCAAAAUACACCAUCGAAUAUAAGUCCGUGGAUCAUUAUUGGAAACGAGUCCUCGAUAAUAGUCUCGACUGAUCGUUCUUCAUGCUUUGACCGAAAUAAAAUCGCGCUUAAACUGGAUGUUUUGUGUGAAGAAAAUGGUGUAAAUAUGUGUCCAGUUGGUGGAGUUGGAGUUUAUAACCCGGGCUUUUGGGGAAUGAAUAUUGAACAAGGAAAGAUAUACAAAGUGUCCCUUUAUGUUCGGUCUUCACAGCCGAUCGAACUUUCUGUAUCAUUGUUCCGAUCAAAUGGGCUGCAAAUGUUAGCCACGGCUGUUAUAUAUGGUGAAGAUGUUAAAAGCUGGUCAAGAAAGGAUGUUCUAUUAGUAGCAAAAGGCACUGAUUCUAAUUCGAGAUUGCAUUUAACGACGAGCAAAAAUGGCACGAUAUGGCUCGAUCAAGUGUCGGUUAUGCCUUUGAGCACUCACGAGGGACAUGGAUUUCGACAGGAUCUUUUCAAAAUGCUUGCUGAUUUAAAACCGGGAUUUAUCAGAUUUCCAGGAAUAAGUAUAAACGAGCAAGUCGAUACUUCAACUAGUUCACCUUUUGUGCAAGACAUUUUAGAUGCACUUGAGUUUGCAAGAGGAGACCCGAAUUCUAAAUGGGGCUCCGUUCGAGCAGAAAUGGGCCGUUCAGAGCCUUUCGAUUUGAGAUAUGUUGCUGUUGGGAAUCAAGAAUGUAAUUACAUGAAGUUCUACAAUGCUAUAAAAACGACACACCCGGAUAUCAAAAUUAUCUCAAACUGUGAUGGGUCUGUUGGACUGUUGGAUCACCCGGCUGAUCUGUAUGAUUUCCAUGUUUACACGAGCGCGAAUUCUAUGUUCUCGAUGGCUCACAACUUCGACCGGACCUCACGAGAUGGGCCAAAGGCUUUCGUAAGUGAGUAUGCAGUGACGGGAAAUGAUGCUGGAAGAGGAAGUCUUUUGAAAGCACUUGCUGAGGCCGGUUUUCUUAUGGGGCUAGAGAGAAACAGUGAUGUUGUUGAAAUGGCAAGUAAUGCUCCUUUGUUUGUGAACGAUAACGAUAGAAGCUUCAAUGCGGAUGCAAUAGUUUUCGAUUCUUCAAGGGUUUACGGUACUCCGAGUUAUUGGAUGCAGCAUUUCUUCAAAGAAUCGAAUAAUGCCAUCCUUCUCGAUUCCUCAUUGCAAUCGAGCUCUUCCAAUCCUCUUAUUGCAUCAGCUAUUUCUUGGAAAAACACCGAGAAUAACAAGAACUACUUGAGGAUAAAGGUUGUGAACUUCGGGAGCAAUGGGGUUCGUCUAAGUUUUUCGGUUCAAGGACUCGAUAAUAACCUCAUAGAUGCAAAAGGGUCUACAAUAACUACACUUACAUCUAGUAAUGUGAUGGAUGAAAAUUCUUUCGAUCAGCCACAGAAGGUUGCCCCUGUUGUAAACCCACUUAAAAAUGCCAGAACCAAAAUGGACAUUAUAUUGCCUCCAUAUUCUUUAACUUCAAUUGACUUAUUGAGAAAAUCAAAUGUAAUGCAGCCUGCAGAGUUUUAUGAUGUCCACGCAUCGAUGUAAUUUGUGUUCACUCAGUAUAAUAAAACCUAUGGUCUUAUAUUAUAUCUCUAGGAUUAGUUAUCUAAUUAUCUAUCAUAACCAAAAUUUUUCUCCACCUUGUAUUAUUCUCCUUGGAUUAGUUGAGGUGCAUUAGAAGUUGGAACAUAUAUAUUUAUACACAAAAUUCGUGUGUGAGGCGGCUAAUAGUUGGGCAGAUCAACCCGUCAUACUUCCUUUAAACAAAAAUACAUACUUAUGCUAAAUAUGGAAAUGUCAUGCUUUAUGAGCUCAUUUUCUUGGAAAAA